AUGGUAUUUGGUUGGAUAAUAACGUUCUCUAGUAAAGGAUGCCCUGUUCGCGCCAGAAUACACGGUCAUAGCCAAGUAUCAAUCAUUGGUCAUCGGUGCGGGUUUGAUCUCGUCUUCCGGAUAUCUUUCGCAUUUGAUCGUCCAUCCAGACUGGCAAAGGGUAGGCGUUGGGGCAACCAUUCUGAGUGUCCCGAAACCGACAUCACGCUCCAUGUGUUUGUAAAUAACCCUGCAUUGAUACUAUAUAACCGGUUUGGAUUUAAGGGCGAAUCGUUUCUUGUAAAUUUUUAUGACAAGUAUCUUCCGCCAGAUAGUCCAUUCUCAAAACACGCCCUAUUUCUCAGGCUAAGGCAAUAA